AUGAGUCGGCGGUGUCAGCUGGAGAGGCUGGAUCUCAGCUUUAAUAAACUGAGCAGCGCAGCAGUGAAGCAGCUCUGUGACGUGCUGAGAAGGCCGCAGUGUAAACUGCAGUGUCUGGAUCUCAGCAGCAAUGACCUGGGGGACGCGGCAGUGAAGGUGCUCUGUGAGACACUGCCUAAAAGCCAGAUUGCCACAUCCAUCCGGUCUAAACGAAUAUCUCAUCCCUGCAGACUGUCAAGCUGUCGAAUCACAGAGCAAGGUUUUGCUUCUCUGGCUUCAGCCCUCCGUUCAAACCCUCCACACCUCAAAGAGCUGGACCUGAGCAACAAUAACCCUGGCAGAUCAGGGGCAGAGCUGAUCUCUGCUGCGGGGAAGAACCUCACCUGCAAAGUGACUUUGGGCCAAGUUGACGAGCGUAGAUCUGACUUUCUGAAAUAUGCCUGUAAGCUGACACUGGACCCCAACACAGCAAACAAGUUUUUAUAUAUCAGUUAUGCAGGCACAAAGGUGACCAGGAGGGGGCAACGGCAGCCAUACCCCGAUCACCCAGGGAGAUUCAUUGGCUGUAACCAAGUGCUGUGCAGAGAGGGCCUGCAGGGCUGCUGUUACUGGGAGGCGGAGCUGGAUGGAUGUGAUGCAUAUGUGGGGAUGGCAUAUGAAGGGAUCGUGAGGAGCACAGCGUGUCACGCGGCUCGCCUCGGUUACAGGGACAAGUCCUGGGCUCUGUACUGCUCAGCUGGCAAGUUCUCUGCACAUCAUAACAAAAAGGAGAUUAUUGAUAUCACUGUGCCCCAGUCCAGAACCUGCAGGAUCGGGGUGUACCUGGACUGGAAAGGUGGCAGUCUGUCCUUCUACAGCGUCUCCUCUGACACGCUGACCCACCUCUACACCUUCCACUCCACAUUCACUGAGGUCCUGUAUCCAGGGUUCAGGCUUCUGAAGAAAAACACAUCGUGGGCCCUGUGUCGGCUGCACUGAGAGACUUCUCUGUCUUCAGCCAGACAUGAUGACCAAAGAGUAAAGACAGAAAUCAGGGAUCAGAACGUCACACACAACUGUCUGUGUAAGAGUGCGGAACUCCUCAGUGACCUUUUUUAAGAGCCAUCAUGUAUUCAAAGCUAAUUAUUUUGCUCAUCCAAAUAUGAGCGUUUGUUUGUAUUUGGCUCCCCCUUGUGGUGGUAUUUCCACAGCAUUUCCACCAUAUUCUAUCUUAAAUAAUUUCAGUGAUGCCUUGCUGGUCGGGGAUUCGAACCUGCAAUCUUUCAAUUACAAAUGCUCUUCCCUAACCAUCAUGCAGGUUAUGUUUAUGCAGGUUAAGGAAGUUUGGUAUUGACCACGUGUCAGAAUCUGUUGUCAUUUAAUCUGCCUAAUUUGUUUUGCGCAGGUUUCCCUGUGUUCUCUAAAUAACUUGUUUAUAAUUAUAUGUGUAAGAGUUGUAGGGUGUAGCUGCCAUUUGUUUUCUACACGUUAAUGAUUUGUCUCUGAUUUUGUGGAUAGUGAGGGUUAGCUUAGUGAUUGUCUUUUGUUUUCAUUUCUUUUGGGUGAGGGAGGUUUCGUCGAUACGCGUGUAGGUAGUUCACUGGUUUUGUUUAUUGUUCUAGCCUUUGUCAAUCCCGAAGUCCACUGUGGUGUUUCACAUUCCAUAUCCCAUAUUUUCGAAGUACAGUGGGAUGCAAAAAAGUUUGGGCAACCUUGUUAAUCGUCAUGAUUUUCCUGUAUAAAUCGUUGGUUGUUACGAUAAAAAAAUGUCAGUUAAAUAUAUCAUAUAGGAGACACACACAGUGAUAUUUGAGAAGUGAAAUGAAGUUUAUUGGAGAAGUGACAAAUGGUGAGAACAGUCAGAGUCAACCCUCAGACCAGCACCAAAGACCUACAACAUCAUCUUGCUGCAGAUGGAGUCACUGUGCAUCGUUCAACCAUUCGGCGCACUUUACACAAGGAGAUGCUGUAUGCGAGAGUGAUGCAGAGGAAGCCUUUUCUCUGCCCACAGCACAAACAGAGCCGCUUGAGUUAUACUAAAGCACAUUUGGACAAGCCAGCUUCAUUUUGGAAUAAGGUGCUGUGGACUGAUGAAACUAAAAUUGAGUUAUUUGGGCAUAAGAAGGGGCGUUAUGCAUGGAGGAAAAACAACACAGCUGUUACGAUCCAGUCUAGGGUUGGACCGCAACAAAG